CCAUCAAAAAAUAUCGAAGUGGUGAAUUUCACUGAGAUCGAAGAGCAAGGUCGUGAGGCUUGGUAUCGACAUUUACAACAAACGUGGAAACCGAAAUUUGUCCUGCGUGACAAAAGUAUAACGAAUGAAAAUUUUACAACUGCAAAACAACGACUAAAUUUUCGUAAGCACCCUCUAAAAGCACCAUUGUUGAACGUCGAAUCACAGUCAUCAUCAGAGCAAUGUCGCGUUCAGUUGGAGAACGUUUGCGAUGUAUUCCUUGUGUACGACGAUGAUAGCUGCAGAGAUCAACCGGAUGAAGAUGAGCUCACACAAGACUAUCCAGAGUCAUUGCACAAACCACUGAAGAAAAUCACAAACGCUCGCGACGGAAACUCUCGACAGGAUUUGGAACCAAAAGGCUGUAAAGAAAAUGAUCAACAACAAUCGAAUGGUUCUCUCUCUGAAACUAGCCUAUCGGCUGCUGGAAUGAAGUAG